CAAACUGAGGUGCGCGGGCCAAUACGGGUGGACGUCCGAGCGCUCCUGUACCAGGACGUGUGCACUACGAGCUUCGCAGACUGCGGAUUCGAGGCAGCUUGAUGUUCCGGUGGUUGCUCGGAGGCUCGACUUCGGAGGAGGAAGGUAUCAAGAAACUGAUAAUGUUUCCUUGAAUUCGCUUAUGUAUUUGUUUCAUCAAUGUCACUCAUACUGAAUAUCUUAAGAGAAAUGCUGGAAUAUUUUGGUGUUCCCAUAGACCAGUUAAUCCCGCUGUUGAACUCUGUAGACUCUGGUAACUGUGGAUCUGUAGUUCCAUCUUUUGCUGAUACUUUGUGUGUGGCAAAUGAUGAAGAAGCCAGUUAUCUCAGAUUUCGAAACAGUAUAUGGAAACAUGAAGAAGAGAAAAUGGAAGUUUUCCAUACUUUGCAACCAGUUUGGAAUCCAUUGUCACCUGCUGUCAGACAGAAUAAACGAACGAAAAGUGACGGGCCUGUAGGUGAAGCAGCAUUUAAAAAGAUAGCUGCCCUCGAAGAGGAGCUGACUUUUCUCCGUACCCAGAUUGCUGCGAUCGUGGGAAGGCAGGAACCGGGAGCGAGAGCCAGUGCGCAUGCGGGCUUCUUUGACUUGAAUGACGAGCCUAGCAGUGUGGAACAAAGACCGUCACCAGGGACUGCUGAACUGAGUGCCCAACCAGAUCCAUUUUCAAGUUCAGUGCUUUUCCCACCCCACCCCCUCCCUCCUCCUCCUCCUCCUCCACUGCCCCCUCAACUUUUUUCUCCACAGCCUGCAUGUUCUCCUCUCACACAGCCAGCAUCUAAUAAUAUGUGUGACUCAGAUAAUUCAGCAAAUGAAAUGAAAAAACAGCACCCAGGUGAUAGUAAGACCAAUUACAGUCAUUCAAAAAACCAGGAUGUUCCAAACAUGUUGGAUGUUCUAAAGGACAUGAAUAAGGUUAAGCUUCGUGCUAUUGAACGGUCACCUGGAGGUAGACCCAUUCAUAAGAGGAAAAGACAAGAUUCACAUUGGGAUCCAGUGUCUUUGAUAUCCCAUGCACUUAAGCAGAAGUUUGCCUUCCAAGAAGAUGAUUCCUUUGAGAAAGAAAAUAGGUCUUGGGAAUCUUCUCCAUUUUCUAGCCCAGAAACUUCAAGAGUGAGCUGUCAUAACGUAAAGCUAAUGUUUUAAUUUUCCGAAGUGCGCUGUGCUUCCGUGGCCGCCUUCGGGCUCCCGUGGAGCGCUUGCGCACAACGGGCCUUGCGCCUGCGCACCGGAACCGCCCCUGUUUCUCACGUGUCUGUUCAUGUUCACACGUUCUUUUCGCUUUUAGCUUCCUGUGAAGUCUUUUGAAAUAAAACACUUGAUUUGAAAAGUA